CUUCUCUCUUCUUUGCUCCCCUCACCCUUGCCUCUUGUCUCCACCUUUAUUUAAGGUUUAUUAGGAGUUAAAUUUUGCUAAUAAACCACACCUGCAUUGCUGCUUAUUAAGUUGAAAUCAGCUUCUUUGUGCUUGUGAGGUGUUCUGUGUCUUCUUCCCGUUUGGAGCAUCAUUUUCGUUUUUUUAUAUUCAAAGCCUUCUUCUUGAUAAUAAUAACCUUGUUUUGAGGUAUGGGUGGGGUUGUGGUGCAAUUUAGUCUGUUGCUGGUUCUGAUGCCUCUGGCUCUUGCUGGGCAUGACUAUGGGAAGGCCCUGAGUAAGUGCAUUCUCUUCUUUGAGGCCCAGAGGUCUGGGUACCUCCCCAGUAACCAGAGAGUCACCUGGAGAGCUGACUCUGGGCUGCAUGAUGGAAAGGCUAACGGGGUAGAUCUUGUUGGAGGCUAUUAUGAUGCAGGGGACAAUGUGAAAUUUGGGCUGCCAAUGGCCUUCACCAUCACCAUGAUGGCAUGGAGCAUUGCUGAAUAUGGGAAGCAGAUGGCUGCAGCUGGAGAGCUGGGUCAUGCCAUGGAGGCUGUGAAGUGGGGCACUGACUACCUCAUCAAAGCCCAUCCAGAGCCCUUUGUCCUCUAUGGAGAGGUGGGGGAUGGGAACUCAGAUCACUACUGCUGGCAGCGACCCGAGGACAUGACAACGAGCCGGAUGGCCUAUCGGAUCGAUCACAACAAUCCUGGAUCGGACCUUGCCGGAGAGACGGCAGCCGCAAUGGCCUCAGCUUCCAUUGUUUUCCGGCGGUCCAACCCGGCUUAUUCCCACCAGCUCCUCAGCCAUGCAAAGCAGCUCUUUGAGUUCGCGGACAAGUACAGGGGCAAGUACGACGGCAGCAUCACCGUCGCCCGAAAGUACUACACGUCCGUCAGCGGAUACGGGGAUGAACUGCUGUGGGCCGCGGCGUGGCUGUACCAGGCGACGAACGACCGGUACUACCUCGACUUCUUGGGGACCAACGGUGAUGCUUUGGGUGGGACCCAGUGGGCAAUGACCGAGUUCGGGUGGGACGUCAAAUACGCUGGUGUUCAAGUUCUCGCCUCCAAGUUCCUUCUCCAAGGGAAAGCAGCUCGUCAUUCACCGGUCUUUGAAAGAUAUCAGCAGAAGGCAGAGUACUUCAUAUGCUCGUGCCUCGGAAAGGGUACGCACAAUGUUCAGAGGACUCCUGGAGGCCUGCUGUUCCACCGAAGUUGGAACAAUAUGCAGUUUGCGACAAGUGCCUCCUUCCUCCUCACUGUUUAUUCCGACCACCUUUCAGCUGCUGGGAGGAACAUACAGUGUGCUGCCGGAAUUGCCACACCAUCAGAGCUUCUCAUGUUUGCCAAGUCUCAGGUUGAUUAUAUACUAGGAGACAACCCAAGAGCGACAAGCUAUAUGGUGGGAUAUGGCAGGACUUACCCACAGCAGGUCCACCACCGUGCCUCUUCAAUUGUGUCCAUCAAGGUCGACCCUGCAUUUGUGAGCUGCAGGGGAGGUUAUCAAACAUGGUUUGGCCGAAAGGCCGGUGAUCCCAACCUCCUUGAUGGUGCCAUUGUCGGCGGGCCUGAUGCCUACGACGACUUCGCUGAUCGAAGGGACAAUUAUGAGCAGACCGAGCCUGCAACUUAUAACAAUGCUCCUAUGCUCGGUGUAUUGGCCCGUCUUCAUGGUGGCAGCGGUGGUUUCAGCCAACUCUUUCCUGUGGUGCUUCCUGCACCUACUAUACCUCUUCCUACUAUACGCGUGAAGAGGGAGAAAAUGAAGCCCUUGCCUCAGCCCGAACCAUCUACUCCUGCUCCAGUUUCUAAACCUAACUCACCAUUCAUUGUCGAGCAAAAGGAAACUACAUCAUGGAAUCACAAGGGAAAAACCUACUACAGGUAUUCCACGGUGGUGACUAACAAAUCAUCAAAGACGGUAAAGGAUCUCAACAUUUCUAUAUCUAAGCUUUAUGGCCCAUUAUGGGGGCUCAGCAAGUCCAGCAAUGGCUUUGUAUUCCCAACUUGGAUGAACUCUCUGCCUGCGGGAAAGAGCUUCGAAUUUGUGUACAUCCACGCAAGUUCUCCAGCUGACAUCUGGGUCUCAGGGUAUACAUUGGUCUGAGAUCAUGUAGAGAUUCAAUUGAAAAGGCAACAGAGAGAUUGAUUGGUCUCAGGUGUGGUGAUGUAUGAGUUGUGUAGUUAUAUAGUAUAGUCCAGGGAGGGACUUAAGGAUAUAUUUAAUAAGUGCGAGGCACUGGGGAGAAAGGAGUGAAGGGACAAAGGGAGUGCUCAUCCUCUUUCUCCUCUUCUUCCAACACCCCAUGAAGAUUGGAAGAUAAUGAGAUGGAGAUAGUUGGGAGUUGAGGCCUUCUCAACUGAUAUUUAGGAGUUUGUGUUACUUUUCUUACUCAUCAACAACUGGUUGUGUACUGCUGUUGAAAGCUUUGAGAUUUUCGUAUAAAUAAAGAUUUUAGCAUGCUGCUUUUAUGAAGCGCGAAGCCAGCCUUCAUCUGAGGCAGCCUGCGCUGAGUAACUGAAACCUGUUGCUUAACCGAGAUCUAGAAUGCAGCUAAGACUAAAGGAAGGGAAUGCGGCAUGUUUCCAAGAUCAUUAAAUCAUCUAUAAUCAUAUUUUGAACCUUUUGUCCUAUCAUUAUUCUUAACUCCAGUGAUUGAUAAUUUUCUGCUAUAUAUAACUCUGAUCUCCUCGAGAAGAUGUCUGUUAUUGAACAUUCGAGGCAACUGACAUGAUCAUGGCAAGGAAAUUGUAUGGAAUGGGAAAAAAUACCCGGUCUUAGAUCUCAAGCGGAUCUCUUUGAUGGUAAUUACGGAUGUACGGUUGUUCAUGUCAGGGACUGCUUUGGAGCUUGUAACUGAAAUUGCAUUGCAACUUAAGUUGUAGCAUUUGGUUUAUAAGAUAGCUCACUUCUUGUAUCCGGAGGAGAGUUCGUGUAAAAGAUGGGUAUUU